UGAAGCGAACAUGUCAGUUUUAACAGUGCAGCACAACAGUACAUUAUAUUGUUAUUACUGUAAAAGACUUUCCCAUACUGUGCAUCUGCUCAGCCUAAGAGCAUGCUAGGAAUACCUGGGAGCUAAAGAAACAUAGAGCUGUCUCAGUCCCCAGCCAAAUAACUCGGAGAAGAGGCACUUUUCUUCAGGAAAAAGUUUUUUAUUGAAGAGAUUUCCAACAAAAGGAGGGGGAUACAGAAGAAAGAAAGGAGGAGGGGUAUAUGGCAAAACAAAAGGAAAAAAAAUGCAAAACAAAUAAAGGUAUGGACUGGUUCCACUGCAAUAUGUGUUUCCUAAAUCAGAAUGAAACCUUUUAUAUCACCAGCUGUGGGCACAUACUCUGCCAGAAGUGCAUCACACAAGAUAAAUGCAGCGUGUGCAAAAGAGCCUGCAGACACCUGUCCCUAUCAGAUAAUAUGAAAGCUCAGGAGAAGAUAUUUUUCAGAAAUCACAAGCAGAUAGCCCAGAAGUACUUUGAUCACUUGGCUCAGGUGUCAAGCUUCCAAAAGCAGCAGUUUGCACUCCAAUUGGCCUUUUAUAAACAUUACCUUUGCAAGAGUCAGCGUGCAUUGCAAGAUGCUCUUCAGAAGGUCAACAGCCAAGAAAGUGAGUUGAAAUCCAUGAAAAAAGACAAUGCUGAACUCAGGACACUGGUUAGUGCCCUUAAGGGUUCCCUGAGUAGAUCACAAAACAACAACAGGUUGUGCACACCUCGACCUGUUGCCAUCACCUCUCCUUCUCAGACAGUUACUCCUCAGCAGAGCAACCAUGAUAUAAGCCAUCCGUCUUCAGUGGAAUCACUGCUACGUGGAGUAUCACGCUCAGGAGGACAGAGUCAGCCAGUAUCAGCAGGCAGAGUACAGGAAAGAACCACACCAAUAUCCAGUUAUGGAUCUCCAAUGUCUACAAGCAGUUUCUCCCAUCGUGCAACGUCACAGUCUUCUUCUGUACUAAAUGUCCCUCUUUUGGAACAACUCUCUAAUGUAUCCAGAGAUUAUAGUCAAACCCAACUUGCCAAUAACUCUCCUCAACUACUCUCAGCAGGUGGUUUGAUAGAAUCUUGUAUGACUCCAAGCAGCAAUACCGACCGACUCAGAGCCAUCCGAGUUCUCCAACAAAAAGAAUUAAAAAGGAGGGCGGUUCAGAUCAUAACUACAAACCCAGGGUAUCCCUGCUGUGAAUACGACUGUAAUAAAGGUUAACAGUACCACAA